CGGACUCUGAUAGGAGUGUUUAUACCAAAACAAAAACAAAAACAAAAAAGAAUAGUAAUGCGGAAGGGAGAGCCUCUCCUAAAUUGCUCCACUCGUCUCCUAAUUAAGACGAAACCCUAGCGGCCGAAUUCGCGAUCCCCUCCCGUCUCCGUCACAACGACUCCACCCCUGUGAUCGUCGAUCAGAUACCGAUGCCGCAGAAGAGGCGCCGCCGACGCCGGAGGCCUCUUCAAGAAGGGCUCUCCCGCCGGCGCCUUGACGAAGAUGGCGCAUCGUUGUCUGAAUCCCUUGUCGAUUGGGAUAGCAGUAGCCUUGAUGAAGAUGGCGCAUCCGACGAUCUUGUUAUGUCCUCAACAGAGCCAAGGUACCAUCAGAUCAUAACCUCGCGCCUCGCCCAAUUGCAGUUACCAGACAGCGCCGACAUCUCGGACCUGGACGGUUGUUCAAACCUCCCUUCCAGUGAGAUCCUCGAAGCCCUCACUCCUAAAUCUUUCCACGAUGAUGAUUUGCGAGCUGCUCUGCUGGAAUACCAGUGCCAGAAUUUAUUGAGCGAGAUCCGCGGACCAGAUUUCAUGGGACUAGACACGGAGGAUUCUGGAGAAUCUGAACCGGACGAUCUUACCCGGGACGAGAAAUUCACGAGAGCCCGUGAAGUGCUUGUGGCUCGCAUGCCUGACAUUGAUACUUAUACUCGGCUGGACCAAGAGCAGACCAACAAGGUCUAUUUCAAGCAUGCACUCUAUCGCAUCAGAGCUGCCCUGUUGUUGAAAGGAAAGCCGGUUGACGAGCUGGAUGACGCUGCGUUGGAACGCAAGUACCCUGCGGAGCUUAUCGUGGAGAAAGACUGCUUUUGUCAUUACGUAACAGAUGGCUAUUUUGGUUGGGACUUCGACUCCGACCUCUUAGGUCACAAAAAGUACUUGACUGACUACCAGCGGCUAGUCCUUUUAAAUGGUGAUGGUGGCGAUGAGUAUACAGAUUGGAAAAAAUACCGAGCCUUUUAUAGCACCCCUGAAGCUGAUAGAGAUUAUCUCCAGUACUGGGAAAUGAUUGGGAAGAAAAUUAAAUGGCUUAAAAAGUAUGUGCUGCCACAUGAGUCUUCUUAUGAGUGGGAUAAAGUUCAUUCGAAAGCUGGUAUCCAAGCAGUUAGAAUCGCUGCUGAGUUUCCCCAUAUGACUAUGGAACUAGCAGCUGUUGGUUUCAACGAGUAUAUAUUGAAUACACGCACAUAUGUUAUGUCUGUGAAAGAUCUUGAUGGUAUCUUUUAUGAUAUUUGGAGGCUUCAUGUGGGUAAUCAGGGUUUCAGUGAUGCUCUCAGGCAAGUUUAUGGUGAGAGAUUGUCUCCAGCACAGAACCGCAAUAUGGAGUAUGGGCUGAAGUUUGGCCAUUCCAGAAUGGAUAUACUAUUUCGUCAGUGCACGGAAGGCCUUACUAAGGAUGUUCCAAAAUCUAGAGCCCGGGAGCUGAUUGCACAGGAAAUUCGUUGGAGGUAUGGGUUUGCUGGAACGUAUGAGCAGUAUGCCAGGAAGAAGCUGAAGAUUGCAGAACUGUUAGGAUUGAUUCCCAGGGAUAAGAUGGUGUAACUACGUAGUUUGUGUGUUGCUGGGUGAUUCUCUUUUGAUCUCUUGACACUGAUUCUGGAAAGAUAAAGAUUUCAGGCUCCUAGGAACGUCUCUUAGAGCAUCUCCACCAACGACUCCAAUAGUCACUCCGGGCAUAACACCCGAUACCUGAAUCCCGAACCUGAAAUUUCCAAACCCGAACCUGAAAAACCCGAGAAUGUAUUCGGGAAGGUAUUUCGAGAACACCUGAAUUUAUUUCCAGCAAUUCAGGCUUGUACUUCCAGCACCCGAAUAUCCCGAGUAUCCCGAAACAACAAAGCCCACCCCAUCAAAAAAGCACAACCCAUCAAAUCCCAAGCAAGGUGGAGGUUCGACGUUGUUUUUGGGCCACACCGGCUCUCCCUACAAGUAGCUGCCGAUUUUGGAGCCCAAUACAAGCGUCGGCAAACCCGUGUUGGUUCCUAUGCUUGGGGGUGGGGUGGGAAUCGCGCACACCAAUCGUCCCGCCACUUCAGAUUUCAGCCCUUUGGUCAUGUCUAGUAGCCACAUAGGAAAACUCUACAACUAUUCCCCCGAAAUUCCCCCUCUUGCUCGCCACUCCAUUAUCAUCGGCUCUCCUGUUUGUGCCCGGCCAGAGCACGCCCUCGACCUCGCUGCCAUCGGCAGCAUGACUUCGAAAAAGAAGGUGUCGAUGAAGGAGAAGCCACACAAAGUCCCACUGAAGAAGAAGUCAACGAAGCUACGUGAAGCCCCGUUGAAGGAGAAGUCAGAGAGCAUGUUGGAGGACGACUUGUAGGAGCACCGCAACCGGUGCGCCAUCACCACGACGGACCGAAAACAUCACUUGGCCGGCGAGGCCACCGCUGCGGAGGCGGCGGCUUAAGUCUGCCUCAGCCUAGGAGGCACUCAAUCCGAAGGUCUGCCUAGCCUAGUCAUGUGUGGGAUGGCUCUCAUCUUAGAUUGACUUUUAGAAGGAACUUUAACCGAUCUUUGAUGAAUUGGAGGGUUUAGCCUCAAGUAUUUAUCUUAGUGAGAACUGUGAUGGCCUCAUGUGGCAAUACACUGAAAAUAGGGGUUCCUCUACUACAACCUUGUAUAAAAUCAAUAAUUUUGGUGGUGCAGUUCUUGUUU